GUUUUGCUCUGUAUUCAGCCCUAUAUAAACUCCCAUAAAUCGACGCAUACGGCUUCAUACCGGGCAGUGUAUACAGCACAGACACAGGCAGUGUCCGGUUGCAGGCCGGGCCCAAUACAAUUCCCCUCUGCCAUCAGUCAGAGGUCUAUUUUUGACCAGGGGCUCAGCUGAUUGUGGGCCUUGAAGAUUCUGGCCCUCCCUACUGUUUUUUUUCUCUUGUUGUCAGUUGUUCAGGCUUAUUAGGAAAAGAGGGAGUUGUCAAACUGCAGGGGACGGUUUUGCUGAAUGUUCAGCUCAGUUCAGAGGGAUGAAGCUCUCUUGGCUAUAGCAUAAUUUACCGAGGUGAGAACAUUUUUGACUGGGUGUUUCCUUUCAUUGCAGCCAAUUCAUCCCUGUGUGGGACAGCUGUCACUGCUCUCCUCCUCCUCCUCCUCCGCCUCUUAAUUUACUUUCUUGGCUGACAAGCUCUGUCUUUUGGGCUGUUGGUUCACCACAUCACUUAUACAUUCACUCUGUGGUCGGACGCCACCAGUUGCCAACUCCAGAAGUAACUUCAGCUUCUUCUGAUCGGCGUCCUCCCGUUGGGAUCCGACGAGGAGGAUGGAGACGAGCCCCAUCCCGGUGGUGACGGUCCAAACCGCCCCCUUCGACGAUCAGCGGCCCGGUACCAACGGGCUGCGGAGGAAGACGGCGGUGUUCGAGGGGAAGAAGAAUUACCUGCAGAACUACAUCCAGAGCGUGUUGUCCUCCAUCGACCUGCGGGACCGACAGGGCUGCACCAUGGUGGUGGGCAGCGACGGCCGCUACUUCAGCCGAGCUGCCAUCGAGGUGAUAGUGCAAAUGGCAGCUGCCAACGGGAUUGGUCGUCUGGUAAUCGGCCACAAUGGCCUCCUGUCCACCCCGGCUGUUUCCUGCAUCAUCAGGAAGAUCAAGGCCAUUGGUGGAAUCAUCCUCACAGCAAGUCACAACCCCGGAGGCCCUGGUGGAGACUUUGGAAUCAAGUUCAAUGUGGCAAAUGGAGGCCCAUCUCCAGACACAGUGAUGGAGAGAAUCUAUCAGGUGAGCCGGACACUCGAGGAGUACGCCAUCUGCCCUGACCUCCGCAUUGACCUCUCCAGGCUGGGACGACAUGAUUUUGACCUGGAGAAUAAGUUCAAACCUUUCAGAGUGGAGAUUGUAGACUCAGUGGAUGUGUAUCUACAACUGCUGCGGAACAUCUUUGACUUCAAUGCCAUAAAAAGUCUCCUCACAGGACCAAAUCAGCUAAAGAUUCAUAUAGAUGCCAUGAACGGAGUGAUGGGCCCCUAUGUACGAAGGAUCCUGUGUGAUGAGUUGGGGGCCCCUGCUAACUCUGCUGUCAACUGUGUGCCUCUGGAGGAUUUUGGUGGUCGGCCUCCUGAGCCCAACCUGGUCUAUGCCACCUCUCUGGUAGAUGCCAUGAAAGGAGGGGACUUUGGCUUUGGAGCUGCAUUUGAUGCAGAUGGAGACCGGUACAUGAUCCUCGGAGAAAACGGCUUCUUUGUGAACCCAUCAGACUCAGUAGCCAUCAUGGCUGCCAACCUCUCCACCAUCCCCUACUUCAGACAGAUGGGUGUUAAGGGCUUUGCCAGGAGUGUUGCCACCAGCACCGCCCUCGACAGGGUAGCCAAAGCCAUGAAACUGGCGCUGUAUGAGACUCCCACUGGCUGGAGGUACUUCGGGAAUCUGAUGGAUUCUGGGCGUUGUUCCCUCUGCGGGGAGGAGAGCUUUGGAACAGGUUCAGACCACAUUCGUGAAAAAGAUGGUUUGUGGUCGGUGUUGGUGUGGUUGUCCAUCAUGGCCGCUAGGAAACAAGGUGUGGAGCAGAUUGUCAGAGAGCACUGGGCCAAGUUUGGACGCAACUACUUCUGCAGGUUUGAUUAUGAAGGCCUGGACCCACGCGCAGCCUUUUACCUUAUGAGGGAACUGGAGGGAGUAAUCUCAGAUAAAGCAUUCACCAGCCAGAAGUUUGCUGUAGGAGACCACGUAUACAGUGUGGAGAGGGCCGACAACUUCGAGUACAUCGACCCCGUGGAUGGAACAGUGGCUCGAAACCAGGGUUUAAGGAUCGUCUUCAGUGAUGCGUCUCGUUUGGUGUUUCGGAUGAGUGGGAGCGGCGGAGGGAUGGGCGCCACCAUCCGCAUUUACGCUGAGAGCUUCGAGAGGGACCCUGAGAGACACAACAGAGAGACACAGGUGGUGCUGGGUCCUCUCAUCGCCAUCGCUCUGAAGAUCUCCAACAUCCAUGAGAGGACAGGACGCCGUGGCCCUAACGUUAUCACAUGAGCAACUAUGAAAACACACACACACACACACUCACAUGCACACACAUGCAUCUACCUGCUCACACAGAUAAAAAAAUACCUUCAAAAUACCUUACCUUGUAAUUUUCUGCCAUUUUUAAAUAUGCCUUCAUUGUAGCUUCAAUUAAUUUUUAAUUUCCCUCUUUACAUGAUGACGAAAGAGCUCACAGCUACUGAAGUGCUUGCUCGUGGAGUUAAUCUGUUUCAAAAGGAAAAUUCUAGUUGGACACUGUUCUCUCAAAUGUUUAUUGACCACUAUCAUCAAAAUUUGUGUGUUUUAAACGGGGAGUUAUUUCAUUUUGCAAUGGAUAAAUAAUGAAAAAUGUGUAAACAGCAAAUAUGUUAUGAAUGUGCAUGUGAGUCUGGCUGAUUCUAUGUUUGUGCCUUGCAUUUGUCAAGAAUUAUUGAUUAAGGGAGCCUAAGAGAAGUUUUUUUAAGUCACCAUGCAGUUUUUAUACAGUACAGUUCUCACUUUUCAUAUUGCUCAUACCUAUACACUCAUAUACUGUAUGCCACAAUGUUCUUCUUCAACCAUUUCAUGCAAAAGUACCCUACUUCAAAGUGUAAAAUAAAGCAGGCACUGCAUCACAACAGAAUUAGUUGAUGUUUGAUGUAAAAUCGCAUAUCUUUCUUUAUGAAGUACUUGGAAGUUGUCACACUCAUGUUUACUACCUGACGGUAUUCAAAAUGUAAAAUAACAAAAUAGCAAAUCACAAGUAAUGAAAAAGAAAAUAUAUUUUAGAAUGAUGUGCUAUUUGGCCUUUUUUUUCUCUUUAAUUUGUCAGCUUAGGCCUUUGGGAAUGCUAUGCAAACAGUGAAUAUAUUAUUUCUUCUUUUUUUUAUCCAAAUAAACGUUUUUGUGUGCA